AUGUCCACCCCAUACAAGCCUCGAGAGCCCAUCGUUCGUGACCUCAGCGAUUUCAUCUAUCGCACCGAGAACCGAACCAAAGCCUUCCAUGACGCGGUCGCCUCUGCCAUUGACCCCCAAAAUGGCGGAGCGGACGAGAUGAAAGACGAAGGAAUCCAAACCCUCAACGACUACUUAGAAUGGGUGGACAACCUGCUGCGAUGGGUGCCACGAGUCGACACGACCGGCGACGAGCUACUCACUAAAAUUCUCGUUUUCUACUGGGUCUUUGACCAGCCUGCUCUCCGCGGCCUGCAGACCGAAAUCCAGCCGCAGAACUCCAACACCGACCUCACCUGGCUGUCAUAUUGGCUCGUGACAUUUGCCCGUGAGCAGGGUAACUUCAUGAACUCGCCCCAGUCGGCUGCUUCCCUGUACUCGUUCUACAUAAAUGAGGAGUACAAAAAGGAGGCGAGUCUUUGGGCAGAGCCCAAGACUGGAUGGAUGUCUUUUAAUCACUGGUUUGCACGCGAGUGGAAGGACAUCGACACUGCUCGUCCUCUUGACGGCAAAGGCGACGAUAAUGUCAUCGUCAGCGUGGCAGACUCCAUGUAUGAUGGCUGCUGGCCGGUUGAUAACGGCGACGUCGUCAUCACCAUCGACGCUAAGUCCGUGCAGUGGCCCAUCAACAAGUUGCUACAGACCACCGCGACAACCUUCAACGGGGGCAACUUCAUGCAUGCCUUCUUAGGACCCACCGACUACCACCGCCAACAUGCCCCGGUCAGCGGCAAGGUCAUUGAGGUCCGCAACAUUCAGGACCAGGUAUAUCUUCAGGUGGCCAAGAAGAAGGGCGGCAACGGGCUGCGCGGCGAUCGGGGUCUGACUCGUGACCUGCAUGAGAUCAACAAGCGCCAGGCAAAGCAAGGAAAGCAGUUCUUUGCGCUGGACGCGCCCGACGAUGCCGGAUACCAGUGGUGUCAGACCCGUGGGCUGAUCGUCAUUCAAACCGAGAAGUAUGGCAAGGUGGCGGUCCUGCCUAUUGGUAUGGCGCAGGUUUCUUCCGUAGUGUUCACGGUCAAAGAAGGGGAUCAGGUUGAAAAGGGUCAGAAUAUCUCGUACUUCCAGUUUGGGGGAUCGGAUGUGGUUGUUGUGUUUGAGAAGAGAGUCAAUUUCCGAAGUGACCUCGUGCCCGGCAAGACCAAGCUGAAUGUGAGGAAGGAAUUUGCCACAUUCACUUGA